UAUCAUGUGAUAUCAAUAGGAACAAUGGCGGAAGUAGAAGAGCAGGGACAUAGAACAAGUGAUGAAUCCACAGAUGAUUCAGAGGAAGAUGAGAGUGAGGAGGAGCCCAAGCUGAAAUAUGAGCGUUUGGCCAAUGGAGUCUCGGAGAUACUCCAGAAAGAUGCAGCCAGCUGUAUGACUGUUCAUGAUAAGUUUCUGGCACUGGGAACUCAUUUUGGCAAGGUGUUUCUUUUGGAUGUUCAAGGAAAUGUCACUCAGAAAUUUGACAUUAGUACUGUGAAAAUAAAUCAAAUCAGUCUGGAUGAUAGUGGCGAGCAUGUAGGCAUCUGCUCAGAAGAUGGCAAGAUUCAAGUGUUUGGUUUAUACACCAGGGAAGGCUUUCAUGAUAACUUUGACUGCCCUAUUAAAGUGGUGGCUCUACACCCUCAGUUUGGAAGAUCUAGCAGCAAGCAGUUUGUCACAGGACGAAAUAAGCUUCAGUUAUAUGAGAGGAACUGGCUAAACAGAUGGAAAACUAUUACACUCCAUGAGGGAGAAGGAAUAAUUACUAAUGUCAAAUGGCGAGGCAGUUUAGUAGCCUGGGCAAACAGUUUGAGUGUAAAAAUAUAUGACAUCAAUGCUAAACAAAGAAUAACCAAUGUCUUGAGAGAUAAUAACAGCCUUCGACCUGAUAUGUAUCCUUGUAGUCUGUGCUGGAAGGAUAACACAACACUUAUCAUAGGCUGGGGAACUUCUGUAAAGAUAUGUAUUGUGAAGGAAAGGGAUCCAACAGAAAUGCGAGAUCUUCCUAGCCGCUAUGUGGAAAUUGUGUCUGCCUUUGAUACAGAGUUUUUUAUCAGUGGACUUGCACCUCUUGGUGAUCAGAUUGUAAUCUUGUAUUACGUGAAAGAGGCUUCAGAGCAUCAGGAGGAGAAAGAGUUGCGAUCUAGACCCCGACUAGACAUUGUGCAGCCUCUUCCAGAAUCCUAUGAGGAGAUAUCUUCAGAUGCACUGACUGUUAGAAACUUCCAAGAAAAUGAAUGCCUUGACUAUCGGCUUGAACAUUCAGAAGGGGAAUCUCUGUUUUAUAUAAUCAGCCCUAAAGAUAUAGUUGUAGCCAAGGAACGUGACCAAGAUGAUCAUAUUGACUGGCUGCUUGACAAAAAGAAAUAUGAAGAAGCAUUAAUGGCAGCAGAGAUUAGUCAUAAAAACAUAAAACGUCAUGAAGUACAGAGAAUUGGUAUUAGCUACAUUAAUCAUUUGGUGGAAAAAGGAGAAUAUGAAGCAGCAGCAAGGAAAUGCCAAAAAGUCCUUGGGAAAAAUAUGGAACUCUGGGAAAAUGAAGUUUAUAGAUUCAAAACAAUAGGACAACUUAAAGCUAUUAGCCAGUAUUUGCCAAGAGGAGAUCUUCGACUAAGACCUGCUAUUUAUGAAACAAUUCUUCAUGAGUUUCUCAAAAGUGAUUUUGAGGGUUUUGCAACAUUAAUUCGGGAAUGGCCAGGUGAUCUUUACAACAAUAUGACAAUUGUUCAAGCUGUAAGUGAUCGUCUGAAAAAAGACCAAAACAAUAGGACGCUUCUGACUACCCUGGCUGAACUAUAUACAUAUGACCAACGUUAUGAUAAAGCCCUUGAAAUUUAUCUAAGGCUGCGACAUAAGGAUGUUUACCAGUUGAUUCAUAAGCAUAACCUUUUUUCAUCCAUUGAAGACAAAAUAGUUUUGUUGAUGGAGUUUGAUAAAGAGAAAGCUGUUGACAUGUUGCUGGACAAUGAAGACAAAAUAUCAAUUGAUAAAGUUGUGGAGGAACUUGCACAUCAUCCUGCAAUGCAACACGUGUAUCUUCAUAAGCUAUUUAAACGUGAUCCACACAAGGGUCACAAAUACCAUGAGAUGUUGAUUAGCCUAUAUGCAGAAUAUGAUCGACCAAAUCUCCUACCCUUCUUGAGAGACAGCACACAUUGUCCUCUAGAAAAGGCUUUGGAAAUUUGCCAACAGAGGAACUUUGUGGAAGAAACUGUAUUUUUGCUAAGCAGAAUGGGCAAUAGCCGGAGAGCUUUGCAAAUGAUAAUGGAGGAGCUCUAUGAUGUAGACAAAGCGAUUGAGUUUGCAAAGGAACAGGAUGAUGCUGAACUUUGGGAAGAUCUAAUAUCUUAUUCAAUUGACAAGCCACCUUUUAUCACAGGCCUGUUAAACAACAUUGGGACACAUGUGGAUCCAAUUCUUUUAAUCCAUAGAAUCAAGGAAGGCAUGGAAAUUCCUAAUCUUAGAGAUUCACUAGUAAAGAUCCUUCAUGACUAUAAUCUGCAAAUCCUGCUGCGAGAAGGCUGUAAGAAGAUCCUAGUCGCUGACUCUUUAUCUUUGUUGAAAAAGAUGCAUAGAACUCAGACAAGAGGCGUUAGAGUUGAUGAAGAGAAUAUUUGUGAAUCAUGCCAUGAACCUAUUUUACCAUUAGAUACAGCCAAAUCUUACAACAUAGUGGUCUUCCACUGUAGACAUAUGUUUCAUAAGGAAUGUUUGUCUUCCUCAAGCACUAUUCCCCCAGUUCAGUUUUGUAACAUCUGCAGUGCAAAACGCAGAGGCCCAGGAAGUGGCAUUGUGGAGAUAAAGAAGUGAAAACUUAAACAUAAGUGGCUUUAUAUCUGUAUAUAGAAGCACUAAAAAAAGACGGAAUCACAAAUUAGGCUUCACUUAGAAUUCUGGAUUCCUACCAAAAAAAAAAUAACACACACAAAAUGUCUUGUAUUGUUAGUUUGUUGCUGAUACUACUUAUAUGUAUGCUCACAUUAAUCACUUCUGUUAAUUUCUAGAAAAAAGUUUGCAUCUAAAUGUAUUAUUUGCGUACCUUUGUAUGCAUCAAUAUAUGGCAUUUUACUACAUGAUGUUCUUAAAAUACAUAAAAUUUUAUCUCAUUUUUGCGGUCUGUGCUUUAGACAUGUUAUAAAUAUUUAAUAGCACUUGGGGAAAAAAAUGUGUGUGUGUGUGUAUAUAUAUAUAUACAUACACAGGUACAAGAUCAGAUUUAACUUGCUUAUGUCUAAAUGUCAGACCUGUUAUACAAAGUUACAUUGUUAUCUUUGAAAACUCUCAUAAUUUACCUGAAUAAAUUAAUUGUUUUUUUCUUGGCUGACUUCA